AUGAUAGUACUUGAUAUUGCUUACAAUUUGGAUCAGGUUACAUCUGCUGUUUCUCAAGAGGCAUAUCCUAUCAAUGAGCCGUAUCCGGCACCUCCUGUUGAUCGGGAUAGUGAUACAGUAAGUUUAGCCUUUUUGAUUAGUCUAUCCGUUACUUUUGCAUUGUUGAUGAUAUUUUUAUUAGCUAUGGCUAUUUAUGUGAUGUUUUGUGGUGUUGAUGAAGCAGCAUACGAUGAAGAGACUGGAGCUGCUGUUGCCUCGAACUCACUGAAUAUAAGUAGUUUUUUUGGAUCAAAAGGUAGUAUUCUGUUGGAUUCAAACUUUACAGAUCCUGGGCAAUUUGAUGAUGAUGCUGCACUUCAGGAACUAGAAGAAACAGAACUAUUGAAAAUGUCACCGUUUGAGAUUGAAUUAUAUAAUAGGACAAAAACGUUCAAUAAAGUCAAUCCACCAGUUGUACAUAAUUUUGGCACAUUUCUUAACGAUACAGAUAAAAAAUAUAUAAAAGAUCGUGGUAUACAAAGCUAUUAUUUUUACCCAAGUAUUAAUGAUAAUGUUGAUGAGGAAGGCAAUUUUUUGCCAAGUUUUUUAGUUCAAGAUAAGCUUGAUGUUUCUUUUACACAAUUUAAUAAGAGUUCCUCAACUUUACUUAAUUAUCCGCUGCCGAACAACAAGAAAGAUGCCGUUUAUUUUGAAGUCAAAGUUUACAAAUUUUCAAGAAAUAGUAAUGCAGUGUUUAGUAUAGGAUUGGUUACAACCCCUUAUCCGUAUUUCAAGAUACCCGGUACGUCCUCAUAUUCUAUUGCUUAUGAAUCUACUGGUAAACUAAGAAUCAACAAUCCAUUCAGUGCAAGUACCCUGCUACCCAAAUUACAAGAGGGUGAUGUGGUUGGUUUUGGAUAUAGGUACAAGUUAGGCACCAUAUUCAUUACACAUAAUGGUAAAAAAAUGAUGGAUGUUACUCAUAAUGUUGGUAUUGACUUAUUUGUCAGUUUGGGAUGUUUAAAUGCAUCGUAUACAAGGACAUAUACAAAAGAUGGCUUGUUGGAAGAUCCUGAUAAUGUUAGUCUACGAGAUGCAUUAUCUAACGGGCAAGAUAUUGAUCUUCCAGACACUUUGAAAACCGUGUUUAAUCCAUCAAAUGAUAUCCAAGUUCCUUGUGACGAAUUAGAGUUACAAGUAAAUUUGGGCCAAGUUGGAUUUGUCUUUGUUGAAGCCAAUGUUAAGAAAUAUGCAUUUGGCAGCCUUAAUGGAGAUAUUGGUAUACCACCAUCAUAUAAUGGCGAAAAUUUUAAGAAGAAUGCCAUUAUUCAAAAGGGCGAUGAACUACCACCUAAUUAUUUUGUUGAUGACACUGAAGAAGAUAUAUUCUUUGGUAAUAUUCAUAUUAAUGAAGGGAAAGGAAGUUCUUCAAGACAUUUAGGUGGUAGAGAAACUAAUGCUAAUUAUGUUAAUAAGACCAAUAAUCAUAAUAACAUGAAUGUUGAAGAAAUGGGUUCCUAUGAAAGGAAAUCAUCGGCUUUUGACAAAGAGAAUAACUUUUAUAGAGACUUAGCAGAUGUUGUACUUAAAAAUUCAAAUCCAAAGAAAAAAUCCUAUGAUAAUGAUAUUGCUGUAUCUGGUAUACAAAAUAAUGCAAUAUCAAAUAUUGAAACUUAUUCAGAUGAAUCCCUUCAGGAUAUGGAUAAUGUUGGUGAUAUAACUACUCGUAGUACCAAUUUUUAUGGGAGUGAAAACCACAAUAAAGAUGAGAACGAAAACGAAAUUGAAGAACUUCCUGUUGGCUCUGCAAAGACAGAUGGUAAUGAAAACCAAAGAAAAGUGGCAUUAAACAAGAAUAAUAAUAAAAAACGUAGAAACAAAAAUAAGAAGAAAAAGACAAGAAAGCAUAAAUAA